UUCAUUUUUUCCGUUAUCAUCUCUCUCUUACAACUUCCCUUCCUCUCACAAAGUUCUUUUUCCUUUUUAUUUUUCUCCUUUUCAAAAGUUAACUACUCUACCUUUUAUUCGUUGCCUUAGAUACCAUACUUUAAAAGGUUAACAAGAAACAAAUUAGAAAAGAAAAAAAAAACUCAUACAAUGGCCAUUGGUUGUAUGGUCACAAGAAGCAAGUCACCCACGACACAAACAUCCAAAGAAGGGUUCACUGAAGAUUAGAAAAUGUCACUGAUUUUCGACUCAUCAAUGCUGAAACAUGAAUCCAACAUUCCUACACAAUUCAUAUGGCCAGAUCACGAGAAACCUUGUGCUGGUACUGCUCCUGAACUGCAUAUUCCACAUAUCGAUUUGGGAUCCUUCCUCUCGGGUGAUCCUGUUGCAGCCAAGAAAGCAUCUAGACUUGUUGAUUCAGCAUGUAGGAACCACGGUUUCUUUCUCGUGGUGAACCAUGGAGUUGACACUAACCUCAUCUCGCUCGCCCAUCGUUACAUGGACAUGUUCUUUGAAUUGCCACUCUCUGAGAAGCAAAAGGCUCAGAGGAAGAAGGGAGAGCAUUGUGGUUAUGCUAGUAGCUUUACUGAAAGGUUUUCAUCCAAACUACCUUGGAAAGAAACACUCUCUUUCCCAUAUUCCGCCCAAGGAGGCAUAGUUGAGGAGUACUUUCUAAGGACCAUGGGUGACAAUUUCUGCCAUGUUGGGAAUGUUUAUCAAGAUUACUGCACUGCCAUGAGCACCCUUUCUUCUGGCAUCAUGGAACUCUUGGGGGUGAGCCUCGGCGUGAAGAGGAACCAUUUCAAACAGUUCUUUGAAGAAAAUGAAUCUAUUAUGAGACUCAAUUAUUAUCCAACAUGUCUGAAACCAGACCUUACCUUAGGAACUGGGCCUCAUUGUGACCCAACAUCAUUAACCAUCCUCCAUCAAGAUAGUAUUGGAGGGCUUCAAGUCUUUGAGGACAACAAGUGGCGCUUCAUCACUCCAAAUUUUAGCUCUUUUGUGGUUAACAUAGGCGACACUUUUAUGGCGCUUUCAAAUGGAAGAUACAAAAGUUGCUUGCACAGAGCGGUAGUAAACAACAAAAGUCCUAGGAAAUCUCUUGCUUUUUUUCUGUGCCCUAAGAAGGAUAAGGUGGUGAGCCCACCAGCUGAAUUGGUGGACUCCAACAAUCCUAGAAUAUAUCCUGACUUCACAUGGGCAACCCUCCUUGAGUUUACACAGAAGCAUUACAGAGCUGAUAUGAACACUCUUCAAUACUUCUCCAAUUGGCUUCAACAAGGUACUCCAGAGGUUUAAGACCUAAGUUUCUGGUAGGGUUUGUGAGAUCGAAGGUAGAAGAUACCUAGUCUUUUAUUUAGAGCUUAAGUUCAGUAUGCACUGGUAGUAUAUAUAUUUUUUACGCUAUCAAAUAGUUGACAUAUAAAAGUAAUACCUCUUUAUAGAAACUAUGAUAUGAUAGCCCGGAAAAUAGAACAAAAACAUGUAUAUUCGGCAAACUACACUGAUAAUGUAAACAAUCUUAAUACUAUCAGUUAUUUUGUAAGUGAAAGGGUAAAGUGGAGAGCGAAAUCUCUCUAGCUCUCUGAAGACGUCGGAAGAAGACAUGCAAAAACUUUGAGGAAAGUAGCAUGUUCUUUUCCAAUGAAAGACUAAGAUUUAAAAUGGUGAGCAAUUAAUAAAGAAGAUAGAGAAGAUACGAGGGAAGGAAUAAACGAGCUUUAUAGAUUAAUUUUUUAAGCAUCUGCUUUGGGCUAAGUAGAGAAAGAUAAUAGAGUGUCUUACAUACUUAAUAAAUUUUCAGCAAAUUAAGUAUGGGUAUCCAAUGUAACCAUUUGCUUUUGGCAUUUAUUGAAAUAUAAGGGUAAGUAGGUAACUGAAAAUCUUUCUUCCAGAUAGUUUAUCGGAGAUGGAUUACCCAGAAAAUGACCUCACGGGAUCUCCCUUUUUUGUCAAUUAAUUGAGUCUUUUUCAGGUUGUCCAAUUAAUUGCAUACUACAUUUUGUAUGGACUCCAUAAAGAAGUUGGACACCAAAAAUAUCCAAAAGAUUAGGUGGGGUCUCCAGUAAAAGAAUGAGAAUCUCGAGCUCUAAGAUAGUAUAAGGUAGAAAGUAGAAUACGUACGAGUAUUGGAAAUGGGCAGAGCGAUCGGUGUUGGGAAUGGACUUUUGUGGAAGAGUAUUUGGUUUUAUCCUUGUCCAUUUGUUUAUAAUAUCUGGAGAAUUGGAUUGUUGUGGAUUUACGGAUUGCUGCGGAACAGGAUAUUGUAUUGCUCUUUGUCCUUGUCUCAUCCUGCUAUGAUAUUUAUAGGAAGUAUUAAUCAAAGGCUCAUGUGGCCAAAAACCAUAAAAAGCAACACCUUUCUUGUUAUAUUACCCUUGGAAUUAAGUA